GGGCGUUGGGUUAUUUGUUGUUUAUUCUGUGGAAGACGUAGGUCAGUCGACAUUUUAAAAAUAGAUUGCAAUGUAAAACGGAUUGAAUUAUUACGUUUGUGUUUGUGUGUUAUUUUGCGGUAUAAUUUCCAGAGAGUGUAUUUUCUUCAGCCAAGAUUCGGAGGAAAUCUGACUUCCAUUUACCGUCAGUUUUUCUGCAUUGUUCCCAAAGAUGAACAGUCAUUAUCAACGUAGUGUUCCUCUGGAGGUGAGGAGAGCGGAAGGGGAGCGAGUCCGAGCAAAACAUCCGGACAAGAUACCGAUAAUUGUGGAGAGGGCUGCCAGAUCAAGAGCUCCUGACUUGGACAAGAAGAAAUACCUUGUUCCCUCUGACCUGACUGUGGGUCAGCUGUGCUUCCUGAUCAGGCAGCGGGUGUCUAUGCGGCCAGAGGAAGCACUUUUCUUCUUUGUAAACAACUCCCUUCCUCCUUCAAGCUCCCCUCUCUCUGUGGUCUAUGAGGAACACCAUGAAGAAGAUCUUUUCCUCUACAUGACCUACAGCAAUGAGAGUGUCUAUGGAGCCUGAGAGAGAGAGAGAAAGAAAGAGAAAGAGAAAGAGAGAGGUGGGUGGGUGGAUGGGGCAGGAGGGGAAGAAAAGGUAGAGGGGUGUUGGAAUUAAAAGAUAGCGAGACACUAAUUUUUUUUAUGUUUUACCACUAUUAUUCCACUUGAAAUAAGUAUCAACAUUCUCCAGAGACUGGGAGACAUUAAAGGAAAUGGGGUUAAGAGUUAAGUUGUUUAAAUGUUUCAUUGUGUUGGAACAAUAAUUAUGUGAAAGAGAAACAGAAAAAAUGGGGAUAUGGAGGGAAAGUUUCAGCGUUGCCUCAUCAAGUCAUCUUCCUCUCUCAAAGUGAGUCAUCUGUAUUUAAUGAAAAUAGUAUUUUUUGUAAAAUAAUGUUUUUGUGGAAAAUAAAAUAUUAAAAGUA